AUGCCUUCAAGCGAUAUUCUCGAUGAACUUGGGACGCAAAAAGACGAGUUCAUCAAUCAUGCUCGAUCAAGAGUCUAUAAUUACGUCCGACAGCAGCAUAGGCGCGAAUUAGUCCGUAUCAUUGAGAAGGAUGCCCAUGGUCCUGGACAGCAUCGGAUACACUGUCCUGGGGUAGAUUCAUAUCUGAUUGUCUUGAGCUGCUUCUGUGCCAAGAAGUCGUACAAUGGGCAUGAUCUAGACUCGGUUCUCACUGAUCCCGUUGUUGAAGUCGUAUGUAACUGCUAUUCCGAGCUGUUGCAGAGAAAUUCCGACGAGGUGAAUGCGUACCUGACUCAGAAGAUUCUAGCCAACGAGAUUGUGUUGCAGGAGACAUUGAAGAUUGUGAUGGGCGAACUGAGCGCCAAAGGUCUCAAGGUCUCACAAGCGAAACUGGCUACACUAAUCCACGAUACCAUGAGUCAGGCCGUCCUGCACGCAGCGCACUCAAAGCUCGGAAUGGCUGUAGGCCAAGGUGUUACGGUUGCUGCUGGCUCCACGGCCGGUCAUAUCCUCGCAAACUUGCUAGUCAAAGCGAUAGCUCACCAUGCCGCAACCAUCACUGCCCAUAUCAUGAGUAACACAAUGGCCGCUACGGCAGUCAAGGUGGCUGCAAAGAAAAUCUGCGUCGUUGUCAUCACUGCAGUUGUUGUGAAGACCCUAGCAACGAAACUCGGGAUCACGAGUGUAGGGGGCGCGAUGGGCGUCAUAGGAUGGACAUUCAUAGGUGGAUAUCUGAUGGUGAAACUCAUCGGACUCCCGGAAGAGAUGGCGGAAAAGGUCUCGGACGGCAUAAGCAAUACUCUCAACGAUACCUAUCGACCUUGCUUGGAGCAAAUUUUAAACAGUUUGACGGAAUCUGCUUCAGAUCCGAAGAAGAUAGCGGGUUUGAUUACCUCAGAGAUGAUGGAUCUAAACGAAUUUCAGAGGGAACUUGAGCAGGGUGUUGAUUUUUCUAACAAGGACCUCCCUAUACUUGAGAAGGGAGUGAAGAAAGGUGUCCAGACACUCUGGGAUUACCUCUUUGAAAGGCGUUAA